GAUGUAUGACACAAAUCACCACAAUUAGAGGAUUAUUAAACCUUGCAAGUCAGAAACUUCGUACUUUAGACUCGUAGGGCUAUUAUACUGACUAUAAAAAGAGAGAAAACCAUCAACCCUUCAAGUAUAGCAGCAAAUCAACGACUUCAAUCUCCAACUCGGAGUUAGAAAGAAGACAUUUACAGCAGUACCUUAACUGUGAUCACCAUCUUCAAUAAUGGCUCUUAGAACUUCUUGUGGCUGUACUCUCUCCUUGCAGCAGCUGCAGUCAAUGCUGGCAUCGGAGAUUGUGCCACUCUUCUCCCACCCACGUGUCCCAAACUGACUUCUCCACGAUUUGGGGAGGAUGGAUAACAGUUUGGUAAACGAAGGGAACAUGGAAGUGGCCACCUUCAACUGUUUCAAAGGCUACCGUCUCAAUGGACCCUCAACUAUUUACUAUGAAGAAGGUUAUUGGAGUGAAGAAUUUGUACCAGAGUGCAAACCUGUUGACUGUGGUGCACCAGAGGCUCCACUGAACGGCAUUGUCGAGUUCAAGGACACUCACUUCAUGGCUACUGCUCACUACAAGUGUGACGCCUGCCAUAUUAGGAAUGGCUACGAGCAGAGGAACUGCAAACCCAGCGGACUGUGGUCGAAAUCCGUGCCAGAGUGUGUGCUUAUGAAUGAUAUACUCCGGUGUGCUCAGUACUUGACCUUGAGGUACCUGAACAAGGGUUUGUUCCUCAAGAUAGUGACAUGAUCCAGAGGAGGUACGACAUCUGCGUGUCAUCCGCAUGUCUUUAACACACACAUUCCGAACUUUGACCUAAGGAAUGUGCGUGUUA